UAUCCCCUCAGGUCCCCAUAAAUCCCCCCUGUCCCCUCAGGGCCUGCCUGGAUCCCCCCAUCUUCUCAGGCUCCACUAAAUCCCCUGCCCCAUCCCCUCAGGGUCCCGCCAAACCCAUCACCACCUCCAUCCUCUCAGGGUCCCAUUAAAUCCUCUCAUCCCCUCAGUGCCUGGCUGGGUUUUCCAUCCCCUCAGAUCCCACUAAAUCCCCCCCAUUGCCUCAGCGCCCGCUUGGGGCCCCCCAUCUCAGAUCCCACUAAAUCCCCCGUGUCCCCUCAGGGCCUGAUAAAUCCUUGUGUCCCCUCAGGGCCUGACAAAUCCUUCCAUCCCCUUGGGGCCUGACUGGAUCCCCCCAUCCCCUCAGGCCUCACUAAAUCCCCCACAGCCUGUUCCUUCAGGGUCCUGCCAAAUCCCUCUCCUCUGUCCCCUCAGUGCCCAGCUCGGUCCUCCAUUCCCUCAGGGUCCUGCUAAAUCCUCUCAUUCCCUCAGUGCCCAGCUGGAUCCCCUCAUCCCCUCAGAUCCUGCUAAAUCCCUCCAUCCCCUCAGCUCCCAACUGGGUCAUUCCAUCCCCUCAGCGUCCUGCUAAACACCCCUUCCCACUUUGUGCCCCAGGACCUUUGGAAGGGGGAACGGCCCAAGGAGGUGUCAGGAGGGUUGGCCUGUGAGCCUCAGCCCCGGCGCCAUGUUCUACAUGCAUUUACUCAUCAACAAGCGUGGGCCGUUGGCCAAAAUAUGGCUUGCUGCCCACUGGGAGAAGAAGCUCACCAAAGCUCAUAUAUUUGAGUGCAAUUUAGAGAUUACCGUUGAACAGAUCAUCUCGCCAAAGUUUACAAUAGCUCUGCGAACCUCUGGACACUUACUCCUAGGAGUGGUGCGGAUUUACUACAGGAAAGCAAAGUACCUCUUGUCAGACUGUAGUGAAGCUUUGACAAAAAUGAAGACAGCCUUUCGCCCAGGACUUGUUGACCUUCCAGAAGGGAGCUUUGAGGCUGCUUAUCAGUCCAUUACAUUACCUGAAGAAUUUCAUGAUUUUGAAACACCACUACCUGAUUUGAAUGCCAUUGAUGUUGCUGAACAUUUUACCUUGAAUCAGAGCAGAGCUGAAGACAUCACACUUACAGAGGAUUACGAAAGCAAUAUACUUCUCUGUGAUAGAAACUUUGAUGAAGAACCAGACGCAGUAAGAAAGCAGAGCUUCUUGGACAGCAGCACCUCAACGAGCAGUAACAGCCUUGUGGCUGAUCCCAACUCCACCAGCCUGAAUGCGGGCAAGGUGGCCCUGCAUGAAGAUACCUACUGUUUUGAGCACGACUGUUUUGGAGACGAGGAGGAUGCUGCAGAUAUGAUUGAAAUCCUGUUGAGGGAUGAGCAAAAUGGCCUAGAUAAAGAUGUUCUUGAUAUGGAGGAAGAACGUCCUUUGUCACAAGAUCUGCCAGAGAACAGCACAGCCAUUGAGUCCAACGGCCCAGACACCACCAUUAAGAACGUCAGUCAUCUAAUGAAUGAAACAAUACUUUUAUUAAAAGAAGAAGAAGGAUUUGUUCUUGAGCCAGUUGAUGAUACAGCAGUCACCCAGAGGAAAAAAAAUAAAAGGAAGAGGAAGUUGCUUGUGGAUGUAAACAAGGAACUGGGCUGCAAUGCUAUAUACAACCAACUGAACAACUGCACAGACAUCCUUACGACGUUAGACCUUGCACCCCCAACGAAGAAAACAAUGAUGUGGAAGAAAUCAGGAGGUGUGGAUAAACUCCUGUCCCAAUCUACGCAGCCUGUGUUUCACCCUGAGCUGCAAAUGUUGUUUGCAAAAUGCUUCAAGAGUCACGGAUUUAAGAUGAGAAGAAAUGGGAUGCGGAUGGAGUCUGAAAUGGAAGAAACAAGAAAAGAGCGAGAUACCACAGAGAUGCUGAUAGUAGAAGAGCCAAGUUACCUGCAGGAGAAAGCUCAUUCAGAGACUGAGAGAAAAAUUAGAAAUGAUUCAUUUAUGUUGACAUCACAGAAUAACAGAAAUGAAACUCAUGAUAACUGUGGUGAAACUAUACAGGGUGGAACGGGUUUCUCAGAGAGCUCCUCGCUGGUGAACAACUCCCUGGGCCAAGAAGCUGAAACACAGCGAGCGGAGUCAGCAAAUGAGCUAACGAGGAACAGGAAAGACAGUGAAGAAACAAGGUGGAACAAAAGAACUCUUCAGUUAUUAAAAACUCUACAGCACCUGAGGCGGUCGGGCCUGCAGACCUUCAGUUUUUGGGAGCUCUGUCGGAAAAACAGCCGGAAAGAAGCUGCAGCCAAGUUUUACAUCUUCCUGGUUCUACAGAAGCAGUCGGUCAUCGAGCUCAGCCAGAGCGCGCCCUUCGCGGACAUCACGGCCACCCUCGGCCCCAUGUUCAACGCUCACUGAAAUCACACACUGUUCAGAUAAGCUGAUAAAAAUCAACCUUAGUCUAAAUUUUUCGGAAAAUAUAUUUCCUCGAAAAUGGUUGAAAAUCUUGCCAAGCUGUGGUAAGUCAGCAGAGCUCUCUCCUGGUUCGUUUUCUCACCUGCCAAGUAGCUGCCUCGUGCAGGUGCUGCCUCGGUAUCAGUUACCAAGGUGUUCCACAGGGUGUUUAUUUUUAAUAUAUAUGUUUAUAUGAUGAGCAGUUCCUUAUUCUGUUAAUAAAAUAUCCCUAAAAUACAUAUUCUACAUCCAUUGGGAAGGAUGUUAUGGAAGUCCUUAAAAACCUUUCUUAGAGACCAGCUUUGGAGGUUAAAUUAUUUUUAAUGGAGCUUGUGUGUGUUAAUUAUCUAAUGGCACCAGUAAGAGAAGUCUGUUAAGCUCUCUUUAGCAAAAAUUUCAGCCUAUUUGAAAUUAUUCCUUUCAAAAAAUGUUCAGUAUCUGGUAUUUUAAGGUCUAGCAAGCCACUGUCUCCAGCGUCGUUUUUGUGUUGAGGAGGAGAGAAUUUACACUACCCCGAGAAGAGUCACGUCAACUUCAGGGAGAAAUCCUUUUUUCCUAGAAAAUCCUGCAGUUUUAGAUUUCGUGGAGCCUGUUUACUUAAAGACUAACACCUUUAUUUAUGCGCAGACCUACUUAAAAAUGGAUGUUAAACUGAAACAUUGUUCGUUCUUUGCCUUUUUAUGUGAUUUAGGACGCGUUUUAACAUUUUUGCUGUCAUUUUGUAAAGGUGGUGUUUUUCAGCUGCAUCCAACCUGUGACGCAGGGGGUGGCUGUGUGCCUUCCGAGGGGGAAAUGCUGCCUCUUGAUAGGAAAUCAAUAAAUAUCAGAAUGAGAUGUU